GCCUGGCGGGCGCGCGGCACGAGCUCCGAAGUCGCUGAGGAGCAGGCGAGCCAGUCCCUAGAGCUGACUUCGUUCGAGGUUGGCGCCCGCCCUUUUCAGAGAGCACUUAUUAGUGGGUAUGCUGGGCGGGGCCACUUUUCUGAGGCCGAAGGACUCCUAGUCAGUGUGUGAAACACAGCCUGGCCGAGCCUGGAGCCGCCUGGGGCUGAGGCUGUCGUUUGGGAGCAAUGAGUUUAAAACCCUUUACCUACCCAUUUCCAGAGACGAGAUUUCUUCAUGCAGGACCCAAUGUGUAUAAAUUCAAAAUCAGAUAUGGGAACAGUAUCAGAGGAGAAGAGAUAGAAAAUAAGGAGGUCAUCAUCCAGGAGCUGGAGGAUUCUAUCCGCGUGGUCUUGGGAAACUUGGACAAUCUUCAGCCCUUUGCUACAGAACACUUCAUUGUAUUUCCCUAUAAAAGCAAAUGGGAGAGAGUUUCCCACCUGAAAUUCAAACAUGGAGAAAUUAUCUUGAUCCCCUACCCAUUUGUUUUUACUCUAUACGUGGAGAUGAAAUGGUUCCAUGAAAACCUGUCACCUGGGAAACCAAUAAGUGACAGUCCUCUUGGGUUGGUCCCAGCUGAGAAGAAAGCAGUAGGAGCUGUGAUGAGGAAACGAAAACACAUGGACGAGCCCAGCUCCCCCAGCAGGCCAGGGCUGGACAGGGCCAAGAUAGGGACUUCCAGUCAAGGCUCCAGCAAAAAGAAGCCCCCUAUGGAAACCAGGAGAAACAGGGAAAGAAAAGCCCAACAAGGAUUGCAGGAGACUCUGGCCUCUGAUAUCACUGGUGUCCAGAAACAAGAUUCUGAGUGGGGGCACAGCCUGCCAGGGCCAGUUGUCCCACCCCUGCAGCACAACACACCUCCACCUAAGGAGCGAGCAGCCAGCGGCUUCGUUGGGUUUCUAAGCUCUCUCUUCCCGUUUCGAUAUUUCUUCAGGAAGAGCAGCCACUCUUGAGCCUUCCAAAUGCAGCGCUGGAAAGAGGAUCAUCUCUUGCAGUGACUCCUCCCGAAUCAUUCUUCCUCCAACUCUUUCCUUUUCUUAUGACACUUCAGUCAUGGAGAAUGAGGUCCCCAUGCUGAGUCCUCUGUGGUUUUAUCCUGUCCUUUGCCCCUUUAUAUAUUUUUUUUUCCGAUUUAAAACAUUAAGAAUGGAACUUUCUAAAAUGUUCAUGUCCGGAGGGCCCGUUUAGGCCUUUUGUCUUCAGCACUUAGGAUCCUAAUGACAAUAAAUUAUUUAUGAAGAGUUA